CUCAUAAAUACAUCAGAGUUCAAAAAGCAGCCAUCAUCACGAGCAUCUUCCACAGUCCCAUAAAUGAUUGAUUGAUUUGAUGAUAAGGGAGCCUCCAUUAUUCUCAUAUAUCCCAAGUGACACAUAUAUUUGGCUGGAGGGCUUGACAUUCAUGUAGGAGCCUUUCUUCUGAUCAAAUUCAUCCCCAGAAGCUCCUUUGAGUGAUCCCAGCAAGCACAGAAACCUGCAGCAGCUAUGGGUGGUUACCAGACCAAGGAUAGGACUAUGCCUAGUCGCAAAGCUGUUGAAGGGCUUCAGUAUAGGGUUAAGCUUCUCCAAGGGGAAGUUAGCGAGAUAAUCUGCUUGAGGGAUGCUGAGAUCGAAGCUUACGAACGAGAAAUGAUGGUUUUUGCGUUUAAAGAAGCUGAGUGGAAGAAAGAGAGGAAGAAGUUGAGAGAGGAGGUGAAGAAGUUGAGGAAGCAGCUAGAAUGUAGAGAAGAGAGGUUUAAAGGGAUGGAAAAUGAGUUUGUGGUGGACAAGAGUGGUAACAAAUGGCACUUUUUGGGGCCUAGCUUCUUGUUCGAGGAGAUACGGGAGGAACAAGCAAGGCGAGACGAUGCUGUAGAGAAGUGGAAGCAGCUUUACUUUGCCAUCAAGGUCGAGCUUGAUGAUCUUAUUCAGAGAACAAAUCAAGGGGAAGGACUGUUUUGGAGAGCUGAGGCAGAAGACAUGUUGGAGGAACAGCAAAGGGAACUGAUGGCCAAAGAAAAAGCCAUAGAGCUUCUUCAAGCACAAUUAGCUACCAUGAAGCAAGAAGAAUCCAAAUGGGAGAGAGAGGUGGACAUACUGAGACAAAGUUUGAGAAUUGUCUGCCACAAUAAGAAAGGCAAGAAAGAUAGGUAAAACACAUUUUUAAAGAGCAUAGAGUUGGAUAUAUAAGCUGAAUCCAACAUCAAUGUUCUUCGAAUAAUAUCAUGUUUAAGUUCCCUGUGGCCUCUGUAUUCCUCUAUGUAAACCAUUAAAAUGGUUGAUGUAAAAACUCUUUUUGCAAUGAUUUCUGCAUUUUGUGG